AUGCUGCCGCUCAGACAACGGGCCGCGUGUAUGGCGCGGCAGGCUCGUCUGCGGCCUGUCAUGCCCGCCUCCCGCGCCUCCCGCGCCUUCGCCUCGACCGACAGCCACUCCCACGAUCACCACGAUCACCACGACCGCCACGAUAGCCAUGCCUCUGUCGAUGAGCCAAUGGGCAAGGGCUUUUACGUCGCCCUGGCCGCCAUUCCCGCUACCUGGAUUCUCUACACCCUGAAGAACUCUGGCAAGGACGGCCAGCCCACCGCGCUCGAGUCCUACUUCAGCAAAUUCGACUACUUGACCGAGCAGUGGGAGGUCCGCAACACCCUCCGCACCGCAGCCAUCGAGCAGGCUACCCACGAUCGCAUUCUGCUGCAAACCGUUCCCCGGAACUCUCAGGUUGACCUGCGCUUCCCAGAGGUCUUCCAAUCCGGCUCUCCAUACAACGUGCCCGCAGGGCACGCCGUGAACCUCAACCAUGUCGUUGCCCACUACAAGGACCAGCACUACAAGGAGACUGAGCGGCAAGCUAAGGCGGCUGCAAAGGAAUAA